ACCAUGCGGAGGAGGAGGAGGAGGAGGAGGAGGGCGCUGGGCAGGGACCACUUGGACCAACGAGGGCUGACUGCUGUUUCGUUUCAGUGCAGAAAGAAGGCUAUCAAGGCACUGGAGCAGGGCGCCGUUGCGUUGAAUCCCAGUAUCCCCAUUGUCUUCUUCUUCACUGAGCUGCUCGGGUAAAACGGCGUGAUCCUAAAGAGGAGUGUCUAGUGUCUAGCGGUAUAGGCAUUGCGGUUUUUCCUAAGCCACAGAAAGAAGGGGCCCUGAACAGGUCUAGCCAAUAACGGAAAAUGAUCCAAAGUCAAGUUUUGAUAAUAUGAACCAGAGCCGCGUUUUGUUGCAACUGGCGACCGAGUAUUGACGCCUCUGAGCCGAUCGCUCCUCAGAACCAGACUCGUUUUACGCGCACUUUCGUUCGGAUCGCUGGGAUUCCACAGUCCCGCACUGUGUUUGAAAAGAGCGUUUUAGGCGUUGUGAAAACAAUGAAUUUCCAGUCGGGCGUCCCAGUGUCCGUGUCCGGACUCUCGCAGCAGUCCCAGCCGGCCAUGCCCACUCCGGGCACCGUACCAUCGCCAGUCCCGGUCCAGGUUCCCCAGUCCAUUCCUUCCCAGUUCGGAUCUGGAUCCUCCGCCAGCUCCGGGGCUGGUCAGUUCGGUUCAGGAGGUACAGUAUCCGGCCAGACUUCCCAGCCCGGCCAGGGUGGCUCUCAGUUUGUUUUGUCCAACUCGGCGGCCAUCAGAGCAGAGAUCCAUCGAUUUGAAUCCGUGCACCCGAACAUUUAUGCGAUCUACGACCUGAUCGAACGAAUCGAUGACCUAGCCCUCCAGAACCAGAUCCGGGAACACGUCAUCUCCAUUGAAGGCACUCAUGGAAAACCAUCCGUUUUGAUGCUGCGUGGAGGACGCAGCAAGGCACUCCAGCUGGGGGCAGGAUGAGACACUAUGCUUCACACCUUACCUUCAAAAGACGAGAAAAAAAAAUCAAACGAACACAACGGCAACAACAGUGGAUGCUCUGAAAGCCUCGACUGAGGCCUCCACUGAGGCUUUCAGACGCAAUCCCGCUGGUCGCUGGUCCGGAAGGACGGCCCGGGUCAGUGGAGCGAGGGAGCCCGGGCCGCGAGGCUGAGCCCGGCUGAGGGUGCCUGCC